CCUCUCCCUCUCCACCACCUCUCCACCUCCACCACCUCUUCACCUCCUAUCCCUCUCCUCUCCCUCUCCUCCACCUCUCCCUCUCCACCACCUCUCCUUGUACAGAAACUAGACCCAGUAGUAGAGGCGUUGGACAGAGGGGAACCAGUGGACCUCAGCUCUCUACCUCCCCCUCCAGGAGAUGCAGUGGUAGAGCGUUCAGCUCCUCCCCAGUCUUCCUCCAGGCCCUCCCCUGCAGCUCCCCCUGCAGCUCCCCCGGUGGCCGACUCCGCCCUCCCAGCCCCAGGCAGUGUAGGGGAAGCGUUACAGCAGAGGAUGGACAGAUACAAAGCUGCAGCAGAGGGGGCCAAGAGCAAAGGAGACGACCGCAAGGCACGCAUGCACCAGCGCAUCGUCAAGCAAUACCAGGAUGCCAUCAGGUCUCAUAAGGCUGGACGCCCAGUCAACCUGGCUGAUCUCCCUGUACCACCAGGCUGUCCUCCGCUGCAGGGCUCAGAGAGCAGCCAGCAGAACUUCAUGGGCGUCCUGGAGACGGCCAUGAAACUAGCCAAUCAGGACGCAGACGCAGAGGACGAGGACGGAACAGGGGAAUUGGCCAAGGUAACCACCAUGACCUAUUAUACUGAUACUGAUGAUGUCAUGAGAUUUCUUGACUCUCAAGAUUGUUCUGGAAAGUGGGAAAAUAUGGAUGCUAUGUCCUGGACACGCAGAACAGGGAGUAUGUUCAUGCUUACAAUAUUUAACUUCCGUUCACUUAACUCUCUCUCGAGGACUGUGGGUGUUGAGGGAGGGGGCAGGGAGGAGGGAGGCCUGCCUGUAGACAUCACCAAGGUGGAGGCUUUUACUCCUCACACUGUAGUUCUGCAACACGAGGAGGACUGUGGGGGGGAGGGCAGGAGGAGGGAGGCCUGCCUGUAG